GAGAUGACAUAAACAUGUAGAAGUGGGGUCACAGUCGAAAAUAAUCUGGACCAAUUGAAAUCCCUGCGCAACACAAAGGGUUUUCGAGGGGAUCGGCAAAAUCCUCUAGCAAAGGAGCUUACUUUUUUUUUUUAGUCUGUCAAGCUCUCCCGCUGCCAUUCAUUCUUUUUGACGGGCAACGACGCUCCAUCAGCAUCAAAAGUCUGCUCCUUUACUCCUCCCUCUCCCUACGGUACGGUAAUAUCUAAUGAUGCUCCCGAGUGCUGCUCCGACUGCUUCUGAUCCCGCUGGGCCUUCCAACACCAGCAGCGCCUACACGAGGUUGCACAUCGCUCCUUUCGACCAGGACCUUUUGAAAGUCGUUAUCCCGGCUGCAAUCCUGCCAAACGCCCGGAACAUUUCCUUCCACACAAUCGAAACCUUCCCCGAAAAGCGCUACGGCUUCGUCGACGUCCCCGAGGCCGACGCUGACAAGAUCAAGAAGAGGUUGAACGGCGCUGUGCUGAAGGGCUCCAAGAUGCGCAUCGAUAAGGCCCGCCCCGCCGAGGACUACAUGCCCGUGGCCGAGAGUGAAGAGACGGGCAAGAAGCGAAAGAAGUCGUCCAAGGAAAAGGAGGAGAGAAAAAGGCAGAAGCGCGACGAGAAUGUUCUCGAGGGCGUCGAGCUUCGCGAUCGCAAGGUCAAGCGGGGUUGGACCGUUCCCGAGGAGGCCAAGAUAAGGGAGAAGAAGAGCAAAAAGGAAAAGGGAGAGAAGAAGGACAAGAAGGACAAGACAAAGAAGCGGGAGGAGCGCUCAAAGUACACCGACAGGGAGGAGUGUCUGCUCAAGACGAAGCUGCCUUCCAAGCAGCUCCCGGCGGCUGCCGACCCCGAGGAUGAAGGCGAUCGCAAGAAACGCAGGAAGAAGGCCAAGGAGGUGGUCAUCCACGAGUUUGAGAAGACGACAAAGUUCCCUACGUUCCUCAAGGCCGCCAAGCCUGCGCCGACCGAGAACCUCACCACCGAGUUUGUCGAAGGGAAAGGAUGGGUUGACACCCAAGGGAACGUAAUCGAAUCGGCCAAGACUAGAAGAACGGCCACGGCACCCGUCCCCGAAUCCAAGGCACCCAAGCCACCGAAAAAGACCAAGGCUCCCACGCCGCCGCCUGUGGACGACGAUACUACGAGCAGCAGCGGCAGCUCGUCCGACGAUGAUACUUCUUCGGACGAGAACUCAGAUGAGGAGGCAGAGCCGGCCAAGGUCACGGAAAAGGUCAAGGCCACGGCAAGUGUCAAGGCGGCACCGGUGACACCUGCAAAGCAAACGCCAAAGGCACAGGCUGCAGAUGAUGAAGACACUAGCAGCGAUUCAUCAUCAUCGUCCGAUGACGAUAGCUCUGAUUCCGAUGAGGAAGUAGUAGUCGAAACUACAAAGACUUCUGUCCCUGCCAACUUCGACAGUCCGCUGUCCGCAAUCAAAGCCGCCGAUGCAUCGCGGCCCAGAUCCGCCGCUUCCAACGCCAGUCUCACUAUCAAGAUACCGCCAUCGACUCCGGCUCAAGUCCACCCCUUGGAGGCUCUCUACAAGCGGCCUAAGCAAGACGGCAACGAAGCUGCCGAGCCCGCCAAAGAAGCCGAGCCCUUCAGCUUCUUCGGGGGUGGCGGUGACGAUAUCGAGGAAGACCAAGACGUCGCAGCGACCAGCCAAAUGCCCAUGACCCCAUUCACCGCACAAGACGUCGAGUGGCGCAACGUUAGAAGCGCUGCACCCACGCCUGACACAGCGCACCCGAACCACACGAAGCCGUUCUGGGCCAUUGGCCACGAAGGCGACGAGGAAGAGGAGGAUGACGAAGAGACCCGGGAGGAAAUCGAGGCGACGUUAAACGCGGAGCGGAACGCCGACCCGGAGGGCAACAGCGGCCCCGGAGGCGACUUCCAGAAGUGGUUCUGGGAGAACCGCAGAGACCUCAACCAGUCGUGGAUGAAGCGCCGGAAAUCGGCUGCCAAGGAGAGGCGGCAUCGCGACAACAAGUCGCGCGCUUCCAAGGCUGUAUAGAGAGCAUUAUUGGGAGGGCAAAUACACUGCGCAGCAUCUAUAGAAUCACAACGUCUUGAUCUUUCCUUCACUGGCCGCCACUUACAGCUGAUAUGUCCAUCAUUCGUUAACUGGGAACCGGGCGCGGAUAGGUCAACCCAGACAAAUAAAACAACGGCCAUCC